CAGAUGUGUCUUUCCAGACAUUUAACCUUUAGUUUGGUUUCAUCUCAAUCGCCUCGAGGGCUUGAAUGGCAGACCGCCCAACUUCGGAAGUGCUUGCAGCAGCAGCAACUGCCGCUGUGCAGCGUAGUAGGAGCCCGAACACAUGCAAUUCGGAGGAGCAGGAGUACGAGAAACGACUGCACUUUCGUCGUUUAAUUGACCCCGGAAUCUUUCGACCGAACUCGAGAGAUCAGGCCUUGGCUUCACUGAAGACUUUACUCAAGAUUGCCAACAAUCUGCUCGACGAACCAGACAAUCCCAAGUUUCAACAAUUCAAACCGACUAACAAUCUCAUCAAACACCAAUUGAUAGAUCCCAAAGGUGCAUUGGAGUAUGCGAUUGAACUUGGGUUUCGAGCAGAGGUGAAAGAUUUCCAACCCUACUAUGUUUUCAACCCGCGACAUAGGACGGAUCUGCGUAUCGGCGCAGCCAUCCUCGAGGAAGUUAUUGACCUGGAAGAAAAGAAGCAAGAACGUCUAAAACGAAGUAGAGCAGAAGAGAGGGCCGCCGCCGCUGCGGCUGCACAAAAUGUGAAACUCGCAUUCCUUGAUGACAGGAAGACAAAGGCUUUGCGCGACAGCAGGGAAAGGGCAAGGCAGAACGCAAACGGGGGACACCAAACCCCUAGUCACACUACCUCCGACAGGGAUACGUCUCUCUUACCAGAAAUUGGCAUGCCGGGGAUUGGGCAUUCGCUCGCAUCGCCAGACCCCGAUGUCGAUCAACAUGAGUAGUCACCACCGAAAGUCACCCACCGGAAAUGCUUGGAUUCUCCUAUUAGACCGGCGUAUAACGAUAGUAAAGUGUAUUGAUAUUACAACAGAGCCACCAUGUAGCAUGAGCAUCGAGUGCAGUUUCAAAGUAUGAGGGCACCAUUUU